UUCUGGUCUGCAGUGAUGGAGCGGAAUGGUAACCCAGUUGAAGACUACUCCCUCAAUGUCUUUUCUGUCACUCCACAUCAGUCAAACCGCUCUGAAGUCCAGGUGUCUGAUGAUGACAAAGCUGGUGCCACUUUACUCUUCUCUGGGGUCUUUUUGGGGCUAGUAGGAAUUACUUUCACCGUGAUGGGAUGGGUGAAAUAUGAAGGUGUUUCUUAUUUUGAAUGGACUCAGUUGCUAGGGCCAAUUCUGCUUUCAGUUGGUGUGACUUUCUUGCUGAUUGCAGUGUGCAAAUUUAAAAUGCUCACCUGCAAACCUUGCAGUGAGAAGGAAGAAAGAACAUCAGACAUGGACCAGACUCCUUGUGGACAGUCCUUUGUUUUCACUGGAAUUAGCCAGCCUAUAACUUUCCAUGGGGCUACAGUGGUGCAAUAUAUCCCUUCUCAUCGAGCCCAGGACAGUCUUGGUAUAAAUUCUGCAAAUUUCUACCAGGUUUGCAGUGAUCAUGGACUUCCUCCAUCUUCCAGAUCAAUCAUUCCUGGUCCCAGCUCUCCCCAGUAUUAUAAUGUCUACCCUUUGGAUAACUUUGCCUUUUCUGCGGAUGAGAGCCUCUCCGCUUAUCCUGCAGUGGACACUAGAAGGGAAAGGUCAACUGAUAGUUUCAAAGAACCUGAAGAAGCACUGGAUGAAAAUGUUUGCUAUGAUUUCUCACCUCCACCAUAUGAAAAAUUAUUUCCACUGUCAUCAUAAACAUUAAAA